AAAAAUUCUUUAAAAAUGUGAGCGCAGCCUAACCCUGGAUAAUUUGAACAGACUAACUCUGCAAAAGUCGAAUCAAUACAAGUUGAAGGUGUAUUAAAUGGAAAUAUUUUUGGAUUCUUUGAUUCAAGUUUAAAAGCAUGGAAAAACUGUCACGUAAUCGCUACAGGUUGAAUAAACGCUAAAAAUCAUGGAAGAAGACCACGGAAUUGCUACACAAUCUGAAUCAAGAAAAGAAUUCAAGCUGUUUCAGAAGGGAGUAAGGAAAACAUAAUGAGCAUUUGGCACUGAGUUGUGUCACCGCCAUGGCCAGUUCCCCUAACCUGGAUGAUGAUGAUGAUUUUGGUGGAGAUUAUGCAGGAAACAUUACUCGUAACAAGCGGCCUCGUCCUUUAGAUGAUGAUGAAGACUUCAAGGAACAUGUAGAGGAAGAACAUGCACCUGGUGCGGCUACAGGAAUAGUUUUAAUUCUGAGAGACAGUUUAAAAAAAUCUGAAGAAGAUUGUAAGGUGUAUCAGGACAAAUGCAAACAGGCUGAAGAUGAGCUAGAGAAGUGGCGUUCAGUUUUUCAGAAUGAGUCAUUUAUUCCCACAGGCACAUGUCCUGAACCAGGUAUUGUGGUGACUGCUGUGCAGAAUUUGAGAUCUUCCGAGGAAUCAUUGAAAGAACAGUUAGAGAAGGCAAGGAAAAAGGAGGCAGCAUUUAUUGUAAAUUUUGCAAAACGGGAACAGGAAAUCACAGAAUUAAAGGCAGCUGUUCGGGAUCUGAAGUCACAACUGAAGCUUCCAUCACUUAAGGCACGUAGGUUACUACUUGAUCCAGCCAUACAUGAAGAGUUCACUCGUUUAAAGAGUGCCGCAGAGGAAAAAGAUAAGAAAAUCAAGGAAUUAGAAGAAAAUCUUGCUGCAGUGAAUUUUACAACACAAAGUAGAAUGGGAAAGCUGCUGAUGGCUAAAUGUAGGACUCUACAGGAAGAAAAUGAUGAGAUUGGAAUGAUGGCUUCUGAGGGAAAGAUACAUGAACUAGGUAUGAAGCUUAAGUUGCAAAAGAAUCAGAAUUUUGAGCUGAGACGCCAAAUUCAAGAAUUACUGGACUACAUGGAGAUGCUGGAGGAAGGAGUUAACAAGUCAAAUGAAUUGGUAAAUACGAUGAAGAAACAGCUUGAAGACAAAGAUAUUGAAGCAAAAAAAAUGACAGAAGGCAAGAAACCAAAAAGUGGAGGAAAGGAAGACAAGAAGACUAGUGAAGGUGGAAAUGCUGUUGAUGCAUCAAAGGCAAAUAGGUGAUGCAGGAUACAAAUUGGCUGUCAAAAAAAGUUGUUUUGCAGUUGUAAAAAAUAUGUUGGCUCUCAGCAUAGUUCAAAAACUCAGGCUAGGCAAAAACUCACCAAAAUGUCAGAACAUUAAAAUACACAUAAAUUUUUUAAAAAAACACAUGGAACUGAAUUUAUAGAAGUUGUAAGUUGUUUUUUCUUCAUUUAUAGAUAAAAAAUGAGUUCAAUGCA